AUGAUGGGAAUUGUUUGCUCUGGACCUUCAAAGAACUUCAUUAUUCCAACAAUGAAGGAUGAAAGCGAUGCAUUUAGAGGUACAAUUAAUUUUAUCCGAUAAUUUGGUUGCGUUCUGAAGCGUGAAAAUGAGGUCUGCUUUCAAUUGACGAAGAUGAUUGAAACCUCAUUCUCUAUUUGAAUUUAUCCAGUGGGGAUUAUUUCGAUGUUUUGCUUUUGGAAAGGUCUUUUUUUUUCAUUGUAUGUCGCUAGAUCUCAACGUUUGUUUUCUUUUUGUUUUUAUAAACUCGCAGAAGUGGUCGUCGUCCGUAUUUCGGACGAAGGCUUCUCGCCUCGCAAUCUCACUCUUUACGAAGGCCAGGUAAGCAAAAUCGGCGUGAAAUUGAGGUAGAUUUGUAAUUGUAGUUUUUUGAAAGCGAGAAGAGGGGACUGUAAGUGUAGUAUUAAUGUCGAAAAAAGUUGUCUGCUCGCCUUAGCAAGAACACUCUAUUUUUCGUGAUAGCUUUGCGGAAAAGUGCAGACUUCCUCAUGAAGUUUAUUUAGUAAUUGGUUGCCAAGAAGCCAAUCAGCUGCGAAAUGAUUAAAUUUAAUGGUAUAUCAUUCGUAAUAGUGGAAUUGCUUGCAAAUGUUACAGCCCUAACAAGUAGUCUGUAACACUUUUUCAAGAAAUCCCGGCUUCUGAUCGGCUAGUGCAUAUUUUGCGGCAAUUUUCUGAAAGUUUCGAAAGCAUUUCUAGAUCAUACUGAUGGAUUUUUUACCAUUUACACAGAGAAACACACCAGUUCACAGUUUGGUAAAUGCAAGUGAGCAAAAUCCAGGACUUGUAAAUUCAAUCCUGGGUCGCAAAUUUCUAUUUGAAACAUUCCAACCGGGAAAUCAGGGCUACCUUUCCAGAUGUCAUGCUCUAACUGUUUACCAUAAUAAUUUUCUCAAAAUAUAGCAGAAAUGAAAUUUGUCUGGAAGUUGUAUGGAACAAAAGUUUUUGGGUUGUUGGUACAAAAUUUUCAUUUACCGUAUUAUUCAAUUAAACGCCACGGUGUUCAUUAAAUUUGUAGCCUUUCCAAUGAGGCGUUUAUUCAAGUCAGCAUUUUAUUUGAGUUCGACAUUUAUUUUGAAUUCACUUUUUUUUAAAUCACUGACCACACUUGUUGUAUAUCGUCUCUAAAUAUUACAUAAUUUUAAGGUUCCAAUGUUUCCCUUAUUUUGCUGAGAUCGAAUAGUAAAAAUAAUGUUUGAAUUACCAAGUUGUAGCGAAGUUUUUUGUAUUAUCCUCUAGUAAACGCCGCAUUCUUUUGAUUAGGUGCGGCAUUUAUUUGAGGGGGGCUUUUAAUUGAAUAAAUACGGUACUUCCAGCUACAUUUAGGAUUUCUGGACACCUUUUGUAAAUGGUAAACAGUCAGAGGCACCCAACGAGAAUAUAGUUCAAAACCACUUAAACAUAGCAUUGUUGAAUGUAUUUUAGUAUUUAAACUGUAGAUAUAGGCAUAUUUUUAUCCCCUAAGAAUUUUUCAUCCAUUCAGAUUUCCUAGCUGAAAGUCUAGUGAUCUGAAAAUUAUAGGGAUCAAAACUUACAUUUUCAAAAAUUUCAGCCAGAAAAAAGGGCUUCCAAAAAUUCUAUGUGACCAUUUUAGGGUAAAAAUCCGUUAAAAAUGGGCAAUUAUACCAGUUUUUAGAUGUUCAAAAAUCCUAGGAGAGGCAGGCAAGCAAGAAAUUUUACAACAAACGUUCCGAAAAGUCUUCUGAACAGAUAUUUUCUGAAAAUUGUCGUUGGGUCAGCCCCUGAAACAUUCGCAAAUUCUUAUUUCUCAGAGUUUCUAUUUGCCAUUUUGUUCCGAGGUCUUGAAUUUUCAAAUAAGCUGUUGCAUCUCUUCAAGUCUUGUUUUCCCUACUUGUGUUCUUGGCACACAGUUGAAAUGAAACCUUCAUCAGAGAUAUAAUCUAACCUUUAUCAAGGAUUUUGGCACUGUUUCACAGAUGUAGUUUACAGUUCUGUCUAUGGGGCACUGCUAUUGAUAUGACACUUUUGGCAUAGGAAAUAAUAAUGAUAUAUAUAUUGGUACUUCAGAUAUCAAGGCUGUGCUCUAGCAGAGCCUGGUGGCCCCUAGCACCUACCUUUUGCUCUUGGGUGACAAGAAAGUACUCCUUCUCUAACACAAUGAUAUGCUGGGCACCCUAGAUUUUACAGGUUCAGAGAACUGGGCUCCCUUCAAUGUUCCUUAGAGCACGGCCUUGAAUAUAAUAAUGUAUUAUUUGUUUCUCCAUGCUGAAUCCUCAUAAUUACCCUGAAUACAUGUAUUUAUUCAGAGUUAAACUUUGCAGUCAUGUAAAUGUAAUCUUAUUUUAACUAUUCUCAGUGCAUAUCGUUCGAGUGGAAAGGUGAUAUACCAUCUCAAGUUUUUAAUGUGAUUCAGGUAUUUUAUUAACCCUUUAUACUUUAAGCACCAAUAUCCACAUAAACAUUCUCCAGACUGUGUUCCAUACAUUUCCUUGAAGAAUCAGUUGAGAGAAUUUGUUAACCGAUCAAAGCACUUUCUCUUGGUGGUCAAUUAAAUAAUUCUUAUGACCUUUUCUAUUGUUCAAGUAUUUGUUAUUAUUCUGGAGAAAAUUGAUGUUGAUCACCCUUAGCUUGGGACUUAAAGAGUUAAAAAUUUUAGAUUAAAUUAUUAAUCCUCAUAAUUUUCCUGAGUUUUACGAAUAGUCUUUCACGCACUAGCCUUUAUUUUAGCCUUAAGACAAGUUUCGUUUAUUCAAACCUCUUCAGUUUGGCUAAAACUGUUACAAUACGUUAAAUUAUUUAAUUCGCAAAAUCAUAUCAGCAAUUUGUUCUGAUGAGGAAAAUAACUGAAUUAUGUUUCAUUUACAGUUGUGAUUUUUUUUCCAAAUGUAUCAUCAGAAAUAAGAAAUGUGGCCUUAUUCUCAAAGUAGUUAACUGGUUUAAAAGAUUUUUGCAGCCAUAAGCAUGUCUUAUACAUUCUUUUGAUGCUGAUCUACUUCAAGAAUAAGACUUUAGGUCAGAUACCUAAAUAAUUGUUUUUUUUUUUGCUUGAAAUAAAUUAACUGGGUAGAGAGGCUUGAUGCUGGUAUGUAAUGAGAAAAGCCAAUGGAAUACUAUGGAUUUCUGGUGACAGGGAAAUGACUCAUAAACUAACCCUCCUGUCCCCCAAUUUGUUUGUAAACAAAGCCUGUAAAAGGCAUAAAACCCAAAAACCCACCAAAAUCGCCUCCUGAAUUUCAAGAAUAGUACAAACCAGUUAGGAUAAUAUAAUUUAUUUUAAAAAAACGACAUAAAUUUUAAAACAGCAAAUGUGCAUUUACAUGUACUACAUACAUGUAUCUGUUGUGGUUCAAUUUUUUCCUUGGUUUAAAUUUUAUUUCCCUUUGUUUUUUGGGUAUGGUAAUGUAUCGUAAUGAGUUUAAAAGAAAGGGAAAUAAAAUUUAAACCAAGGAUAAAAUUGAACUACAACAAGUCCGCUAUAAUUUUUUAACCAUAAGUCUUCUCAUUUAUAAUGUCCACUAAAAUACUUUUACAAUUUAGGUUAGUGGAGUAGAUCAGUUGAAUCAGGUGCCCGGAGGGUACAAGAGUGGUGAUGUGACACAGUCUGGCUCUUUUAAGGUGUGCUUUGGAAGGAAGGGGCAAUUCACUUUUGCAAGGUUUGUAUUUUUUAUGGAAAUGUUGUGUACAAUAUUGUAGGUGCAUACAAACAGAUUUGUGGCUGCCUUGCAGAGCUGUCAUUAAGGGCUGUAACCUGUAGCACCUGUUAUGGCUAAGCACACUUGAUGUUACGGAUGAUCAAAGUAGAAAUUAGCUAAAGGUGGCACGAUAAAUUUUUGUUAGAUGUUAUGCCUGCUUAAAAACUUAAUUACAGGCUAGCCCUGUUUAGGCAUCUUAAGUGUUUGAGGGAAAAUGUAACUGUGAGUGAUCAUGAAGUAUCACGCAAUGGGUUGUUACAAUAAUAAGCAAGGUGCAAAGGAUGCUUGGAAGGGUGGUCGAGAUCCCUUGCAUGAAACCAAAAUCGCUCCAGUCGCCCUCGCAUCUGAUGAGGCAGGAUUUGUUGCAUUACCAAUAGAAUGAGGUUACUGCAGGUUCCUCAAAAGGUUGAAAAGUUCAGUGAAACUACUUAUGGACAUAGCUGCCUGCAAAACAAGUAUAUUUUUCUUGUCAAGUGAUGAUAAUAAUCCUUUGACUUUUCUGCUGCCAUCAUGGAUGCAAAAACUGACAGAGGGCUGGGGCGAGCCAAAGAAUGAUGGCGUCCUGACACGAUCCAUUUAAAACAAUAAGCCAGCCCUGCUCUGAUACUCCUCCUCCCUUGUCCAAUUUUUAUUUCCUCUAAGAUGGUGGCCUAAUAUAAUCAAUUUGAAAUGAGAAUUCAUAAAAACGAAAAAAGCCUAGUUUGUGGACUAGUGAGGACAGCAUUUCCAACGCAACUGAGGAAGCUGAUUAACCCACCUCAAGAAAAAUUGCUUUAAACAAAGUAUGGAUUCUAAUACCAUACUAUGCUGUGAUUUUGCACAAACAUUAACCAUUCUUUUUACCGUGUUGUGUGUCUUUGUCAUUAUAAUUUGCAGUGAAUCUUUGCCAGACAGAUUGAAGACUUUGAAAGUUGAGGUUUUGGAAAAACACAGAGGUGAAAUCAAAGUAUGUUGUGAUAGCGCCCUUCAUUAAAAUAAAAAUUAUUACAUUGGAUUACAAGUUGUGGGGUAUCAACCAACAAUAAACCGUGUCCAUUUCCCCAACCAAUAUUACAUGUACAGUCGACUCUCUCUUAACGGACACCUCUAUAAGACGGACACCUCUGUAAAACAGACACCAAGAGUUGGCCCCUGUCUUUGCUUAUUCCCUUUAUUUGACUCUUUAUAGGACGGACAUCUCUCUAAGACGGACACUUAGUGCUGGUCUCAAAGGUGUCCGUCUUUGAGAGAAUUGACUGUAUCUUUAUCUACAGAUAACUGGCCAAGGAUUUGAGCCACACUUUGUGAACAUACAGGAAGGUGAAACUGUGCAGUGGACGUACAAAAAUGGAGAUUCUGAAGUUCCUUGUUAUCUGCAGGAGAUAGGGUAGGUUUGUGUCAUUAUAGAUUCAGACAUCUAAUUUUCUGAAUUUCAAUAACCUAAACUUUUUGCAUAUAAUUUUAAAUCUUUUGGUUUCUGUUACCAGAUAUUGUUUUAAACAUGGUGGAUUUCUUGCAAGAAAGUCAAGGUACUGUUGAUUUUUCUUGCUCCUUUCAAUACCUACCAGUAUUUAAAAUAACAAUAAUCUAAUAGUGGUGCCUUCGCACCCACUUAUCCCUGGCUUAAAACCCUGGCCGUAAGAAUCCCUGCAUCUAGGAACCCCUGGACAAGAGAAAACAGUACUGUGAGAAGCGGGAGGGGAGGGGAGGGGGAAAAAGAAAACACUCGCCCGCGUUUGCUUCUCUUCUCUCCUCCUCGCCUGUACUUCCUUUUUUCUUUUUUGCUCCUGUCCCAACUUUCUCAUGAACUUCCGGGAAACACUUGUUAUGCGGGCUAAGUAAUUAACCUGGUGAAACAGUGGUGGGAAAACAGCAAUGGUGGAAAGGUGGAAGAGAGAUGAUGGAUCAGUAAUGCUGGAACAGUAAUGGAAAACAGUGAUGGUGGAGCAGUCAUGGUGGAACAGUAGUGGUGGAACAGGCAUGCUGGAACAGUGAUGGUGGAACAGUAAUGGUGGAACAGUAAUGAUGGAACAGUACUAAUGGAACAGGUUCUACAGUAACGGUUCUACAUUACUAGUGGAACAGUGAUGAUGCAACAGUGAUAGUGACACAUUAAUGGUGGCACAUUCAGAGUGGAACAGCACUUAAAUUUAAAGUAAUGGUGAAAAAGUAAUGUUCCACACUGGAACAGAGAUGGUGGAACAGUAAUGGUGGAACAGUAGAGUAAUGGUAAAACAGUAAUGGUGAACGGUAAUGGUGGAACAGUGAUAGUGGAACAGUAAUAGUGGAACAGGUAUGGUGGUACAGUACUGGUGAAACAGUGAUGGUGGAACAGUGGAACAGAGAUGGGGGAACACUAAUGGUCAAAAAGUAAUGAUGCGACAGUAAUAGUGGAACAAUGAUAGUGGAACAGUAAAACAGAGAUGGUGGAACCGUAAUAGUGGAGCAGAGAUGGUGGAACAGUUAUGGUACAACAGUAGUGGUGGAACAAAGAUGGUCGAACAGUGAUGGUGGAAAAGUAAUGGUGAAACAGUAAUAGUAGACCAGUAGUAGUAGAACAAUAAUGAUGGAACAGUAGUAGAGAAACAGUCAGGGUAAGACACUGGAACUGAGAUAAUGGCACAGUAGUGGCAGAAAAAAAAAUGGUGGGACAGUGAUGGUGGAACAGUAAUGGUGGAAAAGUAGUGGUGGAAAAGUUCUGGUGGAAGACUAAUGGUGGAAUGGAACUGGCGGAACAAACAUGGUGAAACAAUAGUGGUGGAACAGUUACGGUGAAACAGUAAUGGUGGAACGGUAAUUCUGGAACAGUGGUGGAGGAACAGUUCCGGUUGAACAGUAGUGGUAGAACAGUAAUGGUGAAACAGUAUACUGGUGGAACUGUAGUGGUGGAACAGUGAAGGUGGAACAAAGAUGGUGGAAACGUAUUGGUGGAACAGUAAUGGUGUAACAGUAGUGGUGGAACAAUAAUAGUGGAACAGUACUCGUCGAAAAGUUAUGGUGAAACAGUUAUGGUGGAACAGUAGUGGUGGAAAAGUAAUGGUGGAACAGUAAUGGUGGAACAAAGAUAGUGGAGCAAUAGUGGUGAAACAGUAAUCGUGGAACUGUAGUAGUGGAACAGUAAUGGUGGAACAGUAGUAGUGGAACAGUUAUAGUGGUACAGUAAGGUGGAACGGUAAUGGUGAAAAAGUAGUGGUGAACCAGUGGAACUGUAGUGGUCUAACAGUAGUCGUGGAACAGUAAUGGUGGAACAGUUCUGGUGGAACAGUAAUGGUGGAACAGUAUUGGUGGAACAGUUUAUGGUGGAACAGUAGUGGUCUAACAGUAGUCGUGGAACAGUAAUGGUGGAACAGUUCUGGUGGAACAGUAAUGGUGGAACAGUUACGGUGGAACUGUAGUGGUCUAACAGUAGUCGUGGAACAGUAAUGGUGGAACAGUAAUGGUAGAACAGUUCUGUUGGAACACUAGUGGUGAAACAGUAAUGGUGGAAUAGUAGUAGUAGAACAGUAAUGGUGGAACAGUAGUGGUGGAACAGUAAUGGUGGAACAUUUACGGUGGAACAGUAAUGGUGGAACAGUAGUGGUGAAACAGUAGUUGCGGAACAGUAAUGGUGGAACAGUAGUGGUGGAACAGUUAUGGUGGAACAGUAAUGCUGGAACAGUAAUGGUGGAACAGUUACAGUGCGACAGUACUGCUGGAACAGUUAUGGUGGAACACAAAUGUAGAACAGUAAUGGUUAAACAGUAUUGGUGGAACAGUUAUGGUGGAACAGAAGUGGUGGAACAGUAGUUGUGGAACAGUAAUGGUGGAACAGUAGUGGUGGAACAGUUAUGGUGGAACAGUAAUGGUGGAACAGUAUUGGUGGAACAGUUAUGGUGGAACAGUUAUGGUGGAACAGUAGUGGUGGAACAGUAGUGGUGGAACAGUAAUGGUGGAACAGUAGUGGUGGAACAGUAUUGAUAGAACAGUUCUGUUGGAACAGUAGUGGUGAAACAGAUAUGGUGAAAUAGUAGUAGUAGAACAGUAAUGGUGGAACAGUAGUGGUGGAACAGUAAUGGUGGAACAGUAGUGGUGGAACAUUUACGGUGGAACAGUAAUGGUGGAACAGUAGUGGUGAAACAGUAGUUGUGGAACAGUAAUGGUGGAACAGUAGUGGUGCAACAGUUAUCGUGGAACAGUAAUGGUGGAACAGUUACAGUGCAACAGUACUGAGGGAACAGUUAUGGUGGAACACAAAUGUAGAACAGUAAUGGUUAAACAGUAGUGGUGGAGCAGUUAUGGUGGAACAGUAGUGGUGGAACAGUAGUUGUGGAACAGUAGUGGUGGAACAGUUAUGGUGGAACAGCAAUGGUGGAACAGUGUUGGUUGAACAGUUAUGGUGGAACAGUAGUGGUGGAACAGUUACGGUGGAACAGUUCUGGUGGAACAGUAGUGGUGGAACGGUAAUGGUGGAACAGUAGUGGUGGAACAGUAAUGGUAGAACAGUGGUGGUGGAACAGUAAUGGUAGAACAGUAGUGGUGGAACAGUAAUGGUGGAACAGUAGUGGUGGAACAGUUAUGGUGGAACAGUAAUAGUGGAUUAAAGGUGGAACAGUAGUGGUGGAAAAAAGUUAUGGUGGAACAGUUAUGGUGGAUCAGAAGUGGUUGAACAGUAAUGGUGGAACAGUUAUAGUGGAACAGAAAUGGUGAAACAGUAGUUGUGAAAAGUACUGGUGGAACAGUAGUGGUGGAACAGUAAUGGCGCAACAGAAGUGGUGGAACAGUAAUGGUGGAACAAAAAUGGUUGAACAGUAGAGGUGAAAACUAAUGGUGGAGCAGUAGUGGUGGAAGAGUAAUGGUUAAACAGCAGUGGUGGAACAGUUAUGGUGGAACAGUAAUGGUGGAACAGUAGUGGUGGAACAGUUAUGGUGGAACAGUAAUGGUGGAACAGUAUUGGUGGAACAGUAGUGGUGGAACAGUUCUGGUGGAACAGUAGUGGUGGAACAGUAAUGGUGGAACAGUAUUGGUAGAACAGUUCUGUUGGAACAGUAGUGGUGAAACAGUAAUGGUGAAAUAGUAGUAGUAGAACAGUAAUGGAACAGUAAUGGUGGAACAGUAGUGGUGGAACAGUAAUGGUGGAAUAGUAGUAGUAGAACAGUAAUGGUGGAACAGUAAUGGUGGAACAGUAGUGGUGGAACAGUAAUGGUGGAACAGUAGUGGUGGAACAUUUACGGUGGAACAGUAAUGGUGGAACAGUAGUGGUGAAACAGUAGUUGUGGAACAGUAAUGGUGGAACAGUAGUGGUGGAACAGUAAUGGUGGAACAGUAAUGGUGGAACAGUUACAGUGCAACAGUACUGAGGGAACAGUUAUGGUGGAACACAAAUGUAGAACAGUAAUGGUUAAACAGUAGUGGUGGAGCAGUUAUGGUGGAACAGUAGUGGUGGAACAGUAGUUGUGGAACAGUAAUGGUGGAACAGUAGUGGUGGAACAGUUAUGGUGGAACAGUAAUGGUGGAACAGUAGUGGUGGAACAGUAGUGGUGGAACAGUAAUGGUGGAACAGUAGUGGUGGAACAGUUAUGGUGGAACAGAAAUGGUGGAACAGUACUGGUGGAACAGUAGUGGUGGAACAGUUAAGGUGGAACAGUAAUGGUGAAACAGUAAUGGUGGAACAGUAGUGGUGGAACAGUACUUGUGGAACAGUUAUGGUGGAACAGUAAUGGUGGAACAGUAGUGGUGGAACAGUUAUGGUGGAACAGUAAUGGUGGAUUAAAGGUGGAACAGUAGUGGUGGAAAAAAGUUAUGGUGGAACAGUUAUGGUGGAUCAGAAGUGGUUGAACAGUAAUGGUGGAACAGUUAUGGUGGAACAGAAAUGGUGAAACAGUAGUUGUGAAAAGUACUGGUGGAACAGUAGUGGUGGAACAGUAAUGGGGCAACAGAAGUGGUGGAACAGUAAUGGUGGAACAAAAAUGGUUGAACAGUAGAGGUGAAAACUAAUGGUGGAGCAGUAGUGGUGGAAGAGUAAUGGUUAAACAGCAGUGGUGGAACAGUUAUGGUGGAACAGUAAUGGUAGAAAAGUAAUGGUGGAACAGUUAUGGUGGAACAGUAGUGAUGGAAGAGUAGUGGUGGAACAGUUAUGGUGGAACAGAAAUGAUGGAACAGUUCUGGUGGAACAGUAGUUGUGGAAUAGUACUCGUUGAACAGUUAUGGUGGAAGGGUAAUGGUGGAACAGUACUUGUGGCACAGGAGUGGUGGAACAGUUAGGGUGGAACAGAAUUGGUGGAACAAAGAUGGUAAAACAGUAGUGGUGGAAAAGUAAUGGUGAUACAGAAGUGGUGGAACAUUAAUGGUGCAACAGUAGUGGUGGAACAGUAAUGGUGCAACAGUAGUGGUGGAAUAGUAGUGGUUGAACAGUAAUGGUGGAACAGUAGUUGUGGAACAGUAAUGGUGGAACAGUAGUGGUGGAACAGUUACAGUAAAACUGUAGUGGUUUAACAGUAGUCGCGGAACAGUAAUGGUGGAACAGUUCUGGUGGAACACUAAUGGUGGAAGAGUUCUGUUGGAACAGUAGUGGUGGAACAGUAGUGGUGGAACAGUUACGGUGGAACAGUAGUGGUGGAACAGUUAUGGUGGAACAGUUAUGGUGGAGCAGUUAUGGUGCAACAGUACUGGUGGAACAGUUAUGGUGGAACAGAAAUGUGGAACAGUACUGGUUCAACAGUAGUGGUGGAACAGUUAUGGUGGAACAGUAUUGGUGGAACAGUUAUGGCGGAACAUUAUUGGUGGAACAGUAGUUGUGGAACAGUAGUGGUGGAACAGUUAUGGUGGAACAGUAAUGGUGGAACAGUAAUGGUGGAACAGUAGUGGUGGAACAGUAAUGGAGGAACGGUAGUGGUGGAACAGUUACGGUGGAACAGUUAUUGUGGAACAGUAAUGGUGGAACAGUAGUUGUGGAACAGUAAUGGUGGAAACGUAGUGGUGGAACAGUAAUGGUGGAACAGUUAUGGUGCAACAGUAGUGGUGGAACAGUAGUCGUGGAACAGUUAUGGUGGAACAGAAAUGGAAAACAGUAGUGGUUGAACAGUAGUGGUGGAACAGUAAUGGUGAAACAGUAGUGGUGGAACAGUUACGGUGGAACAGUAGUGGUGGAACAGUUAUGGUGGAACAGUUAUGGUGGAGCAGUUAUGGUGCAACAGUACUGGUGGAACAGUUAUGGUGGAACAGAAAUGUGGAACAGUACUGGUUCAACAGUAGUGGUGGAACAGUUAUGGUGGAACAGUAUUGGUGGAACAGUUAUGGCGGAACAGUAUUGGUGGAACAGUAGUUGUGGAACAGUAGUGGUGGAACAGUUAUGGUGGAACAGUAAUGGUGGAACAGUAAUGGUGGAACAGUAGUGGUGGAACAGUAAUGGAGGAACGGUAGUGGUGGAACAGUUACGGUGGAACAGUUAUUGUGGAACAGUAAUGGUGGAACAGUGGUUGUGGAACAGUAAUGGUGGAAACGUAGUGGUGGAACAGUAAUGGUGGAACAGUUAUGGUGCAACAGUAGUGGUGGAACAGUAGUCGUGGAACAGUUAUGGUGGAACAGAAAUGGAAAACAGUAGUGGUUAAACAGUAGUGGUGGAACAGUAAUGGUGAAACAGUAGUGGUGGAACAGUUACGGUGCAAUAGUAAUGGUGGAACAGUAGUUGUGAAACAGUAAUUUUGGAAACGUAGUGGUGGAACAGUUAUGGUGGAACAGUUAUGGUGCAACAGUAGUGGUGGAACUAGCCUGUGCCAGGCUCUCAGAUAGUAAAGUGCGGACGUACUAAAACGAGCAAAGCGAAAAUAAGACGCGCGCGACUUGGGAAAGGGGGCGGUGGUGGGGAGAAAAAUGGGAGAGAGAGCCUGUUAGCAUUUCUUUAGCUCUCUUCCGCCCAUUUUGGUCACGUCUGGAUUCGGCUGUCAAAACUGUUAACACUUCAGUUAGCUACAAUCAUUCUCAAGUUUCUCGCGCGAUCAUUUCGCUUGACACGAACUCCUUGUGCGAAUGUGUGGAAAUUUAUGUCUUCGAAUUCGUUAUCCUCUGAGAGUAUCCGGUUUUUUCGGCAUUAGUAUCUAGUUUCACCCGCCGAAGCGACGACCAGAAAUACAUCUGCUGUUCGCAGGCUACGAAUUCGUCAACGGCGUCUGCGAAGCUCGCACUCGAUCAUUCAAAGUGCUGCAGGUUUUAUAAUAAUAAAAGGGGGCGGUAAAUUUUUUCCUCUGUUGGGUAGGUUAUGUUCUGGAAGGUUCUGCAUUUUCACUGAGCUAAUGUGAUUUUAGCCGCUUGUUUCACACUGAGAGGUCAUGGAACACAUAUCGAUUUACUGUGGCUUUUGUUCCUGGUCGUCAGGAUUUGCCCUCUGAUGAGAGAGCAUUUUCUUUGACGUCUUUUGAACGUAAAGCUUUCUAUUGCAGCUGAAUAAGGGUUUUAAUUUUCUCCACAGUGCCUUCUAGAUCUGACUAAGUGAUUUUCUUUAGUCCGUGAAUGUAAUGUUUUUCUGCAAUGUUGUAUCACGCUGGGCCAAGUUGGUUAGCUUUCUUUGCAGAAUGUUAAAUUAUCACGGAUAGUGAUUUACAGAUCCAGAAUUAUAAGAAUAAAGUGCAGCUUUAACUUAAGCUACAUCAACAAGGAGAAUUGCAUUGUGACUCAGUAAGCUUAGUGUCUCUCUUAUGAUAGUGUGAGUCUUUUGACUGGAGCGCGUAGUUUCGCCCUUCGUAAUAGCAUUUUUCUUUGCCACUUUGUGAUCAGCCAGGACUCCGGACUACCGAAAACAAUUUCGUACUUUCCUUCUUUCGCUUUCUUCUCGUCCUCCUCUCCCUCUUCAGCGAUGCCAAUAGCUGCUGCCGAACGUCCAAGUUUUUUAAAUUCAGUGUUUCACUUGGUCUCGCAUUAUAGAUAUCAGCGGCGAAACGACUAUUAUCGUAGAGUUUUCUAAGGUUGAAGCAGCUUUAGCCAAGCGUGGGAAUAGCUGAAAGGUUAAACUUUCGCCGAAACCGGUGGGCAUAAAUAGCGAACACAUCUUUACUGCGAGCCAAGUCGCAGACACUCGUCUAGCCUGAGAUCAUGCCAAAAAAAUAACAACGCCUGAUCUCAGGUUAACACUCGUCCAAAGCACAAGACAACCCGGAUACAUCAAGAUCACACGCACGAUUCGCGUUGGCCAUCUUGGUGAUGACAAACUGAUGACCACGCUACUAGGUGAUGAUGUUAACUGUCACAAUUGACCAAUUAGCGGGUAUAUCAGGAGCUGAUAUACCGGAACAGGCCGUUAAAAAAAUGCGUACAGGCUCCGCCGCCCUUUCUCUCCCCAGCCCUCGAGCGUUUUUCGCUUUUUUUACUGAACGACUUUCCACCACUAUCUUGGAGCCUGGAACAGGCUAUGGUGGAACAGUAGUCGUGGAACAGAAAUGUGGAACAGUAGUGGUUGAACAGUAGUGGUGGAACAGUUAUGGUGGAAAAGUAAUGGUGGAACAGUAGUUGUGGAACAGUAAUGAUGGAACAGUAGUGGUGGAACAGUUAUGGUGGAACAGUAGUGGUGGAACAGUAAUGGUGGAAUAGUACUGGUGGAACAGUUACGGUGGAAAAGUUAUGGUGGAACAGUAGUGGUGGAACAGUAGUUGUGGAACAGUAAUGGUGGAACAGUAGUGGUGGACCAGUUAUGGUGGAACAGUUAUGGUGGAACAGUACUGGUGGAAUAGUUCUGGUGGAACAGUUACGGUGGAACAGUAAUGGUGGAACAGUAGUAGUGGAACAGUAAUGGUGGAAAAGUACUGGUGGAACAGUAGUUCUGGAACAGUAAUGGUGGAACAGUAGUGGUGGAACAGUUAUGGUGGAACAGUAAUGGUGGAACAGUUAUGUUGGAACAGUAGUGGUGGAACAGAAAUGUUGGAACAGUUCUGGUGGAACAGUGGUGGUGAAACAGUAAUGGUGGAAUAGUACUGGUAGAACAGUUAUGGUGGAACGGUAAUGGUCAGACAGUAGUCGUUGAACAGUAUUGGUGGAACAGUUCUGGUGGAACAGUAAUGGUGGAACAGUUCUGUUGAAACGGUAGUGGUGGAAUAGUAGUAGUGGAACAGUAAUGGUGGAACAGUAGUGGUGGAACAGUUACGGUGGAACAGUAAUGGUGGAACGUUAAUGGUGAAAAAGUUGUGGUAGAACAGUAGUGGUUGAACAGUAAUGGUGGAACAAUUAUGGUUAAGCAGUAGCUGUGUGGAACAGUUAUGGUGGUACAGUAACAGUGGAACAGUAACGGUGGAACAGUAGUGGUGGAACUGCAAUGGUGGAAGACUAAUGGUGAAACAGUACUGGCAGAACAAAGAUGGUGGAACAAUAGUGAUGGAACAGUUAUGGUGGAACUGUAGUGGGGGAACAGUAGUGGCGUUUUUCGCUUUUUUUUACUGAACGACUUUCCACCACUAUCUUGGAGCCUGGAACAGGCUAUGGUGGAACAGUAGUCGUGGAACAGUUAUGGUGGAACAGAAAUGUGGAACAGUAGUGGUUGAACAGUAGUGGUGGAACAGUUAUGGUGGAAAAGUAAUGGUGGAAAAGUAAUGGUGGAACAGUAGUUGUGGAACAGUAAUGAUGGAACAGUAGUGGUGGAACAGUUAUGGUGGAACAGUAGUGGUGGAACAGUAAUGGUGGAAUAGUAAUGGUGGAAUAGUACUGGUGGAACAGUUACGGUGGAAAAGUUAUGGUGGAACAGUAGUGGUGGAACAGUAGUUGUGGAACAGUAGUGGUGGACCAGUUAUGGUGGAACAGUUAUGGUGGAAAAGUACUGGUGGAAUAGUACUGGUGGAACAGAUACGGUGGAACAGUAAUGGUGGAACAGUAGUAGUGGAACAGUAAUGGUGGAAACGUACUGGUGGAACAGUAGUUCUGGAACAGUAAUGGUGGAACAGUAGUGGUGGAACAGUUAUGGUUGAACAGUAAUGGUGGACCAGUUAUGAUGGAACAGUAGUGGUGGAACAGAAAUGUUGGAACAGUUCUGGUGGAACAGUAGUGGUCAAACAGUAAUGGUGGAAUAGUACUGGUGGAACAGUUAUGGUGGAAUGGUAAUGGUCAGACAGUAGUCGUUGAACAGUAUUGGUGGAACAGUUCUGGUGGAACAGUAAUGGUGGAACAGUUCUGUUGGAACGGUAGUGGUGGAAUAGUAGUAGUGGAACAGUAAUGGUGGAACAGUAGUGGUGGAACAGUUACGGUGGAACAGUAAUGGUGGAACGUUAAUGGUGAAAAAGUUGUGGUAGAACAGUAGUGGUUGAACAGUAAUGGUGGAACAAUUAUGGUUAAGCAGUAGCUGUGUGGAACAGUUAUGGUGGUACAGUAACAGUGGAACAGUAACGGUGGAACAGUAGUGGUGGAACUGCAAUGGUGGAAGACUAAUGGUGAAACAGUACUGGCAGAACAAAGAUGGUGGAACAAUAGUGAUGGAACAGUUAUGGUGGAACUGUAGUGGGGGAACAGUAGUGGUGGAAUAGUAAUGGUGGAACAGUACGGGCGGAACAGUUAUGAUGGAACAGUAGUGGUGAAGCAGUUCUGGUGGAACAGUAGUGGUGGAACAGUUCUAAUGGAACAGUAUUGGUGGAACAGUAAUGGGGGAAGAGCAGUCGUGGAACAGUAGUGGUGGAACGGUAGUGGUGAAACAGUAAUGGUGGUACAUUAGUGGUGGAACAGUAAUGUUAGAACAGUAAUGGUGAAACAGUAAUGGUUGAAUGGUACUGGUUAAACGGUAUUGUUGGAACAGUAAUGGUUGAACAGUACUGGUGGAACAGUUCUGGUGAAACAGGAAUGGUUUAACAGUUAUGGUGGAAUAGUAGUGGUCGAACAACAAUGUUGGAACAGUAAUGGUGGACAUGUAGUGGUGGAACAGUAGUUGUGGAACAGUUCUGGUGGAACAGUUCUGUUGGAACAGUAGUGGUGGAACAGUAAUGGUGGAACAGUAGUGAUUGAUCAGUUAUGGUGGAACAGUAAUGGUGGAACGGUAAUGGUGGAACAGUAAUGGUGGAACAGUAGUGGUGGAACAGUAAUGGUGGAACAAUUAUGGUUGAACAGUAGUUGUGGAACAGUUAUGGUGGAACAGUAACGGUGAAGCAGUAGUGGUGGGACAGCAGUGGUGGAAGAGUAAUGGUGGAACAGUACUGGCAGAACAAAGAUGGUGGAUCAAUAGUGGUGGAACAGUAGUCGUGGAACAGUUGUGGUGGAACAGUAGUGGUGGAACAGUUAUGGUGGAAAAGUUAUGGUGGAAGAGUAGUGGUGGAACAGUAGUGGUAGAACAGUAGUUGUGGAACAGUAAUGGUGGUAACGUACUGGUGGAACAGUAAUGGUGGAAUAGUAAUGGUGAAACAUUAGUGGUGGAACAGUUCUGGUGGAACAGUAUUGGUGGAACAGUAAUGGUGGAAUAUUAUUGGUGUAACAGUAGUGGUGGAACAGUACUGGUGGAACAGUAAUGGUGGAACAGUAGUGGUGGAACAGUAGUGGUGGAACAGUUCUGGUGGAACAGUAAUGGUGGAACAGUAAUGGUGGAAUAUUAUUGGUGGAACAGUAGUGGUGGAACAGUACUGGUGGAACAGUAAUGGUGGAACAGUAGUGGUGGAACAGUAGUGGUGGAACAGUUCUGGUGGAACAGUAGUGGUGGAACAGUUAUGGUGGAAGAGUUAUGGUGGAACAGUGAUGGUGGAACAGUAGUGGUGGAACAGUAAUGGUUGAACAGUACGGGCGGAAUAGUUAUGGUUAAACAGUAAUCAUGGAACAGUAGUGGUGGAACAGUUCUGGUGGAACAGUAUUGGUGGAACAGUAUUGGUGGAACAGUAAUAGUGGAAGCGUAGUGGUGGAACGGUCGUGGUUGAACGGUAAUGGUGGAACGGUGGUGGUGAAACGGUAAUGGGGGAACAGUUGUGGUGAAACAGUAAUGGUGGAACAUUAGUGGUGGAACAGUAAUGGUGGAGCAGUAGUGGUGGAACAGUUUUUGUGGAAUAGUAUUGGUGGAACAGUGAUGGUGGAACAGUAAUGGUGGAACAGUAAUAGUGGAACGGUCGUGUUUGAACAGUAAUGGUGGAACGGUAGUGGUGAAACGGUAAUGGUGGAACAGUUCUGGUGGAACAGUAAUGGUGGUACAGUUAUGGUGGAACAGUAGUGGUCGAACAGCAAUGGUGGAAUAUUAUUGGUGGAACAGUAGUGGUGGAACAAAGAUGGUGGAAUAUUAGUGGUUGAACGGUAAUGGUGGAACAGUAAUGUUAGAACAGUAGUGGUGGAACAGUAAUGGUGGAACAUUAGUGAUGAAACAGUAAUGGUGGAACGGUAGUGGUGGAACAGUAAUGGUGGUACAGUAAUGAUUGAACAGUAGUGGUGGAACAGUUCUGGUGGAACAAUAAUGGUGGAACAGUAGUGUUCGAACAGCGAUGGUGGAACAGUAAUGGUGGAAUAUUAUUGGUGGAACAGUAGUGGUGGAGCAGUUAUGGUGGAGCAGUAGUGGUGGAAGAAAGAUGGUGGAAUUGUAAUGGUUGAACAGUAAUGGUGGAACAGUAAUGUUGGAACAGUAGUGGUGGAAUAUUAAUGGGGGAACAGUAAUGGUGGAACAGUGGACCAGUAGUGGUAGAACAGUGACGGUGCAACACUAAUGGUUGAACAAUGGAACAGAGAUGGGGGAAUAGUGAUGGCAGAACAGUAAUGGUAGAAUAGUAACUGUGCCACAGUGAAACAGUCGAUCAGUGAUGGUUGAAUAGGGGAAUAGUGUUUUUCGGUCUUGUAUUUAUCCCAGGACUCACAUAUAGUUGUAAGACCUUCUGGAGGUAAGAACUUCUAGUUGUAAGAUCUCUUUGACGUAUGUUUUCCUGAAUGUAAGUAUCCCUAUUCGUAAGAAGCUCUGAACGUAAGAACCGUUGAACAUAAAAACGCUUGAACGUAAGAAACCCCGAACCUAAUCACCGUCUUAUUUGCGAAUUCCUGGAUGUAAAUUGUUUCUUUUUUUCUUAAAGGUUUGAAGUUAAAUCAGCAUAUAGAAAGAUUUUCCAAGAUACUGGUUUGUACCUGUUUUAUGUGGACAUGAGUGAUGCUGAGUUGCAGGACUUGGAAAAGGUUUCCAUGAUUUGUGUAGUGAAAGUUACACAGAAGAAAAGGUAAAUUGUAUAUUUUGAAAAAAAAAAGGAAAAGAAGGAAAAAAACUUGUGUGUACAUUUAAUUCCUUCUCAUCAACAUUAAUCAGUCUGGACUGAAAUGAUGGGAGAUCACAGACUGAUCGUGAACACACUUCUCUGUUCACCCCUCCCCCUCCCCCCUCUUCAGUCACUAAUCAUCAGCAUGAUCAUUAUCAUCACUAUCACUAUUGUUGCAAAAGUGUCAAUAACAAAAUUCUUGAAUUUGAUUGAUUCUAAACAGCCAUAUGUGAUUUUUAUGAGUCAAUGUUGCUAUUGUAACUCCUAAACUGUCCGAUUACCAGGAGUUUGUAAUCAGACUGGUCAAAUCGGACAGUUAAAAAACCAAUGAAAAUCAAGUAGCAAAUGCCACCAGCCAAUGAAAUUUAACUGCAUAGCACAUGAUAACCAGUCCUUGUCAAUGAAAAAAUAGGAACCAGGUAGGCUGUCCAGCUUCAACUUGUAAAGAAAAAUGAAUGAAACUAACUGGUCCAGUGACUUUUCUGCAGAUAUUUUUCCUUUAGGCACUGACAGCUUUUUAAAUUUAAAAAAAUGUAAUUGUUUUUUUGAAAAGUUCAUCAUGUGGUCGGGCUUCUACAUUCGGAUAAUUUCAUCCAAAGUGGUAACCAAUCAUGUUUUUGCUUUGGAUCUUUCUGUUAAAUAAUAAAUAUUCCACGACUGAGAUUCUCACCUUUUGUUAUUGACACAAUUAAUCGGUAAUAGGACCUCGUGUCGUACAAUUUAGGGGUAAUCGGGCUCGUUAUUUCGUAUCGCCAAAUUGAAAGGGAUUAAUCCGGGAAUUUUCGUUAUUUCGUAUCGCCACUAAAGGCUUUGAAAUUACUUCAUGCAUUAAUCGAUUAUCAUCAUUGAAUUUUACAGUCAUCAUCAUUAUCCUCGUCUUUCCUAUUACCAUCAUCUUCAAUGUCAUCUUGAUCAUCAUUUCAUCAUUUCAUCAUCAUGUCGAUCAUUUUCUUCAUGAUCAUUAAUCUCAUUAUCAUCAUUGACAUCAUAAUUACAGUCAUCAUCAUUAUCCUCGUCUUUCUCAAAUUAUCAUCUUCAAUGACAUCAUGAUCAUCAUUUCAUCAUCAUCAUCAUCAUCAUCCUCAUCCUCAUCCUCAUAAUUACCAUUAUUAUCGUCGUCAUUAGUAUCCUCAAUCAUCAUUGGUAUCGUUAUCGUCAUUGGAGUCAUAUUUCUCGCAGCAUGAUUCCUGAUUCCUGUAUGUUAGGACUACACAUCACCUGGCCACUCAUGUUCAAUACACGUUUACUAUUUGUAUGCUAUUCGAAUGAAAUGGGACUGCGAUUUAUUUCUCUUUGCAAAGUUACUCUGCGCACAACCCAUGCACGCGAGCGGCGAGUAGAAGGACAUUAAUCUACAGUACACGCAAUUUUUGAGAAUUGAAAUCUCAUUUGUUUCAAGUGGUAAAUUAUAAAAAAAGUAACUUUACUGUCUGUUUGUUUCUUUUCAUCAGGGAAUUUUUAAUAGACAUCAGUGAGGGAGUUUUUCAACCAAAGGUUUUAUCUGCCAGGGUCCAAGACAGAAUUUGGCUUAACUGUUCAACCUCCAAGGUAAAACUGAAGGCAAACUUCAAGUCUUGAGAAUAAUUCGCAGGUAUUAUGCCAGCGGUAAAUCGAAUGCGUCCGAAGAGCCACUCAUAUGCUAAAUAGUGAACGCAGCUUGCGAUUUUUUGUUGGCCAUCCAUAGCCUUUGUAAAGCCGCCUUUUCCCCACAGGCUAUGCGGGUCAUUAAGCAUGCAAGCUUCGCAUCAUAAACUUGCAUGAGGAAGUUAGAUGAAAUUAAACGUGACGUGAUUUGACUGUUAGCCGAUUAAGACGUUGUCCGCGAAACAGUUUUGUCUCUUUCGUAAAUUACCUGUUAUACGCUGAACAUGAAGUAAUGAAAACUACAACCUUUUUGUAGAAUAUUGAUAGCUGCAAGAUUUUGAAUGCUUAUGUCUACAAAGAAGGUGCCAGUUCAAGUCCGUUGGUAAGUUUCCUUUUAAUGUCGUACUCAAAUAAAUUUUAGUUACCCUCACAAAAAAAGUACGAAAUUCUUUCCACUUGAACAAGAAGGAGAAAGAAAGUCAAAAGGAAGAAAAUAUGGAGGAAGUAUUGCCGAGUUUUACGGUUAUUUCUUGAAAUGAAGGCGAACAGAUUUUCAAUUAACAUUGCAAAAAAAGGCGAUAGUUGCUGUUAGUUUAUUUGCUUUUCUGUGUCAUUUUAGGUUUCGUCAACAAUAACCAGUCCAUCUGGCUUAAGGUAAAUUUUCCGACUUUUUGUCGGGACUAUGUGUUCCUGGAUAAAAUAAAACGUUGUAAUUACAUGUGAGUAUGCUAAGUGAACCACACCGGUCUUCUGACUUUAUGCUUGAGUAUAUGUAAGGCCUUAUUUGUGCACAAGCAAGAUGUUCCUUGCCUGGUUGUCCUUGUCGGCGUAAAUGGAUCGCAAGUUGUUCCUAUACAGGCGAAAAAAAUGCCAUAGCCUUCAGCUCCAGUGAAAAUUGUCUGACAAAGCGUUCUAAGAGUGUAAAGAGGCUUAAAUUUGCUUUUUCCAGCAGUUUGUCUCAUCAUAGGUACAUGCAUGCAGUAAAGCACGAUGGUUAUGAAUCCUGACAGACUUUAUGUUACACAUCUUUUUGCUCGCUUCUGUGGAAUUAACUGCCCACUAUAUUAAUAGCAUUCUUAUCAUUUUGAUCUAAUUGAGCAUUAGAAAUGCAGCAUUAAUCUAUUCAGUCGUCAUUUAUAGGGGCGAUUGUUCAUGAUAAUCCGUGAUCUUCAUUUUUGUCGGAUUUCGUCGAUAAUCUCCUCUACUAUUGUGUCAUUGAUUUACCCUCUGACUCUUUCUCUACUCCCUCCCACCACAACAAACAAACAGGCUUUCCAAAUAUAUAUAUGAACCUCUUCUAUAAAAUCUGCGGCACUUGUUUUAAAACAUGACGUAGUAUUAAAGUACUGUCUUUUUACUUCAUGCAGCGGAAUGGCCGACCUCAUCUCUCAUCAGUUCACUGAGCCUGGCUUGUAUCACUAUGUUUUCAAUAUGGCCGAUCUGUCCCAGUUCAAAGGAUGCGUGGCAGUGAAACCCCAACCAACGGAACAUGUCAUGGGCAUACACAAUGGUCAAUUUAAACCUUGUAGGUACCACCUUAAUGUACUGUGCCGGAAAUAGACAUUCGAACCUCUUCAAAAAGCCAUCUCUCUACAACAACCACUAUUUGUUGUUCUUACUGAUUCAUUCCAGGCCUCAGUUGUUCAAAAGAUGGAUAGCGGUAACCACCGGGGCUGGGUCCCUGAAAGGCCGAUUAGCGCUAAUCGAGGAGUAAAAUUUUGCUCGGUUCUUGUAUUUUGCCUUCCCAUGUAUUGCUUACAGUAACAUUUUGUGUUAUCAUUACUGCAUCUCGGAGUAAAGGCACAACAGUAUUUUGUAAGCUCGAGUUGCACGUUCUUAGAUGAGAAAACCUUGCUUAAAACUUGGCUUAAUCCCGGGUUAAACUUAACCAUCUUUCGAGGAACCGGGCCCAGGUGAAUCACUAUCCAGGGGAUACGUAUAUCAAGGAAAUAAAACACGCUUUGCAGUGGAUAAUGAUCUACCCAUCAGUGGUAGAUCCAGACCUUCAGAAAAGGGGGAGGGGCCGGUCAUUCAGACCUUGAGAUAUUCAGCCCUUCGGGCUUCAAUUUGGUCUAAAAAUAAGGGGAGGGGGGCCCACGGGCCCCUCCCCUGGAUUCGCCACUGCCCAGUGGAUAGCGCUAUCCACCUUUUGAACAACUGGGGCCAGCGCUGCAAAUAUUUUUUUUCUUUUUAGCAAGAACGUCUAACCAGGUGACCGUUUUAGUCGUACCAAACCAAAAACGUUAGAAGGAGAAUUUGCUGUUAUUUGCAGCUCUGCAGUCGCUCUUGUUUUGACGCCACUGCCACGUCGUGGCUACUCGGUUCUGCUCCUAAGUGAGCCACUAGGGACUUUAAGCAAAGACGUUUUUGAGCGGCGCAAGUCAACCGGAAGUGACGUCUUUUCCCUUUUUUAUAUGCCGUGAUGCCAAAUUUCAUUUCGCUCGUAAAGACCAUUUACCCGAGAGUUUUAACCAAACCACUGCUCGAUGAUGCAAAAAGUCCACUUCCGGUUGACGUCCGUCGCUCAAAAACCCCGUUGCUUAAGUUCCCUACUGAAGAAUGGGGGAUGUUAGGUGGGGUUCGACUUUAAUACAAAAAGGUGAUAAAGUCUUAGUUUUGAUUCUUUCUGAAAUAAGAGUUUUUCAUGUUGUCAAAUGAGACUUUUUGUCGUCUUUUUCCAGCUCUUGCUACGGUGAAGAAAGGAGAAAGAGUUUGGUGGGCAUUCAAUGACGACGAGAAUUUCGCAUUGUUCUUGAAAGAGGUACACACUCUCUAACUUGCUUAUUAAUGUAAAAAAAGUUAAAUACAGUUGCAUAAGUGGCGUGAAUAGGUUAGCGUAUAGCGGUGAGGUCACUCCACCUUAGUUCGGCCAGUUUGCGUAAUUUCGUCAUGCGUUCACAGAAAACAUGCGGGCACUAUGAUAGUUACGAGUGAUCCUGAAGCUUUAUAAAUCAAACUUCCAUAAAAUUUGUCUUGAGAUAAAAUUGAAAAAAGUCCGUCCCCAACGCCGUUCAUUUUACCUUUUCCCAGUACUCUCACUGAAGCUUUUCAAUCACUAUUGUUUGGCAUAGGUGGAACGCUGUGCACCUUUAGCUAGAGGUUUGCCCGCAAGACGGAAAUCGUCAACUUCUGGUAAGAUUGUUGCUUCUAGUGUGAUUCUCUGGCUUGCAUCUUUAUGCAGUUCAACCUGGCUACUUGCAUCCGACGUGGCAUGGCUCCUUUUCUCUUCACUACUCUCCAUACCCCAAAUUACGAUUGACCUCUGGGUGCCGUAAGAGAAGCACUCGGAAACCGAAGCAUCUCCGAUCAGAAGGUUCAAAUUCGGACGUUUGUGGGCAAAAGUAUCGAUGGUCCGAGAAAAACAACCAUCAAGACUAUAAAAAAAUGCACUUUAUUUAAGUUUCAAUGUAUUUAGCACGAAAGUACUAAUUGGGGGCACUAUUUUUACGUGUCCUACUGGAGACGGGACCGCCAUUGAACGUGGCCAUUCGAGCCACCUGAAGGUCUACCCGUUUGGAGGGCUAAGGGAGUACCUUCAUUUCUCCAUUAUAUUAGACCCUGAGUAUUGGUCCGGCCCUGGGAAUCGAACCCCCGACCUCCCACUCUGCAGUCAAGCGCUCUACCGACUGAGCUUACCCUGCUGCGGUUAGACUACGCAAAAAACGAACAAACAACAAACUAUUCAUAAAUAGGUGGAUAUAAGAUCGUCCGGACGAGUGUAGUCCUGAAUAGGACUGUUGUUGGCAGUGACGGACUUUUCGACAACCUGUGCAGUAGUUACCUUCACAGUCAAAGUGAUUUGUUUCACGUCAGUUCAUGGUAUUCGGCAUUCAACUCUGGUUACUGACCUGUGUUACUCUGUGUUCCCCUGUGUUACUCUGUGUUACCCUGUGUUAGCCUGUGGUGUUACCCUGUGUGACCCUGUGGUGUUGCCCUGUGUUACUCUGUGUUACCCUGUGGUGUUACCCUUUGGUGUUACACUGUGGUGUUACCCUAUGUGACCCUGUGGUGUUACCCUGUGUUACUCUGUGUUACCCUGUGUUACCCUGUGGUGUUACCCUGUGUGACCCUGUGGUGUUGCCCUGUGUUACUCUGUGUUACCCUGUGGUGUUACCCUUUGGUGUUACACUGUGGUGUUACCCUAUGUGACCCUGUGGUGUUACCCUGUGUUACACUGUGGUGUUACCCCGAGUUACCCUGUGGUGUUACCCUGUGUUCCCCUGUGUUCUCCUGUCAAUUUAGUCGCGAUGGUAUUGGUCGUUUGUCAGUUAAGCCGUGAUGUUAUUGGCUAUGACAAUAAUAAGACAGUGGCAAGUAAUGAAUAAUAAGAUGAGAAGCAAACAGUAACAGUGUGAGCUUUUAUUUCAGGCUGCGGUUGUAAGAGACUUAAAGAUCAGGCUAGCCUGAUGAAUUCGUUAGGCUUGAUAACGCACAAGUUCGAGGACAUAGGAGUGUUUACGUAUCGCCUGCACGAUGACUGUAACUCUCCCUCCUUAUCAAGCUAUUGUUCUGUUAUAGUGGAGAGCAAAGUUAAGGUUUGUACAAGGCAAAGGUUUCUACUUCAUCUUCCCAGUGUAUGAAAUAUGACCCAAGUUGCAAUCAAAGUCUUAGAGGAAGAGUUACUAGAAUUCAAAUCUGAUUCUCAGAAAACGUCCACUUCAAAGUUGUUUGCAUAAAAUGAGUUUUACACAUUGACAAAUAUGGUACAGUAUGGUAUAGUAUAGCAUACUAGUAAGAACCCAGUGUUUGGGGGUGCGGGCUAGAUCGAUACAAGAUGUAUCAGCCUCCUGAUAGAAGGUCAAAACUAUGUGGUUCCAACGCUCAAGCUUUGAAUGUGAUCAGAUUACGAGUGUUAGAAGGUCCAAACGUGCGUGAUCAGAUUGCGUUCUAUGCAUGCCAUUCAUUCUUAGAGUCCAAACGAAUGCUGGCUACGUACUUGCGGCGCAUGCGUAAAAGCAACCUGGAGAUUAGGACUGCGGGCUCUUCUGGUCGCCCGCAAUUGUAGUUUAGCAGUUAAUGAUUAACGAAGCUCAGUUAGGACAUUUAUCGGUGCAAAUUCCUUCUUUGUCCAUUCUAGCAUCACACAGUUGAUGUUCGUGACCAAGGGUUUGCUCCACGGAUCUUGAACGUGCAUCCCGGAGACUGGGUCUGGUGGCAGUGGGAAAAUACGGAGAGGCUUCAUAAUAUCUUACAGGUAUAA